CAAAAAUCAAUCCCUUGGCCUCUCAGCCUCUACCGCCGCCUUCGCCUGCCAAGACAAUCAACUGCAAAGUCAAGUCUGAUGGCCGCCGUACCAUCGUCGACUUGUAGCGACGAAGAGCCAACGGCAACGCCUAUGAAAGGAAUCGAAGGAAUCAGAAUCACAAGUAAUCCACGCCCGGCGGUGGGUGCAGCGGGCGAGCAAGCAGGAGUGUCUGGUUCCAAGAGAAAGCGUCGCCGGAAGCAUUACGUUUACCUUGUCUUUGACGACUGGACGUACGGAUAUAGCAUCCACAAGGUGAACUUGUCUCGCGGACGUAAUAAGCAGACUGCUUUCUCAUCACCGGCCGACGCGCCGUGCCUGCCUCCGGCGCUCUUCCGCUUGGAGGCACCGCAUGGGUCGCCGGAGUACUUCGCGUCAGCCUUUGGCACCAGGAUCUUGGCGAUGCACACCAGGGAUCCCGGAGGCCACAGACUGUUGGCCGGGACCUUCGUCCCCAUGCUGGACGUCUCCUCGAUGAGCAUGACCUUUUGCCCUGGCCACGAAUACCCGAUCAAUCCCAUCUAUCUCUCCGUUGGCAAUACUACGCUAUUCUGUCUCAGCGAAUCCUCCUUCGAGAUGCUCCACUGGGAGCCUCUCUGCCCGCCGCCGCUGGGUCAACGUCGCAGCAGGGAAUGGUCGUGGCAACGGCUCGGGCAUCCGCCAUUCGAGAAGUAUAACGUCACGUCCUACGCUGUGCAUCCCGAGGCAUGCACCAUCUUCGUCAGCACCAAGAGGGACGACGACAUUGCGGCGGCCACCUUCGCCUUUGACACGGCAAAGCAUACGUGGGAACGGCUCGGCAGUUGGGCGCUGCCGUUCGCAGGCCGUGGUCACUUUGACCCGCACCUCAACGCCUUUGUUGGGCUCUCCAAAGAUCCGGGCACCUUGGCCAAGUCUACUCCUGCUGCUUGUCCAGCUCCAGCACUGGCCACGGCCUUGAGUGGAAGCUCGGCAAGGAGAAGCUGUUCAGCCAGGACCCAGCUGAGAGGCAUGUAGGCGCCACCCUUGUCUACAUGGGCCACAGCAAAUUCUGCCUAGUGCAGUGCGUCUCAAACUCCAUUGAAGGCGAAAGCAAUGGUCAGGAGCUUAAGGAAGAAGAGGGUAUUGUGGGCGGACCCGUUUGCCGUACUGGGGAAUGGGGUGCUCAUCUGGAGCUCGAUGAAGAGGGAGAUGUCCAGGAGCUUAAGGAAGAGGAAGAUGAGGACGAGGGAUAUGAUCAGGAGCUCAUGGACGAGGUAUAUGAUCAGGAGCUCAUGGAAGAGAGAUAUGUACCUGGUUGCAGUCUGUAUCGCUUGACCACAUUCUCUCUCAGCUAUAACAUCAACGGAGACCUGACGACUGGCAAUAGCUGUCGAGUGCUAUACUAUAAAGUGCCUGAUGCAAUCACUCGGCCAUACCUCGUUGAAGAUCCGGUCGCAUUUUGCAUGUAAAGUGCUAAAAUCCUGUCAUGUAUUCAGUUCCCAUGUUUAAUUUUCGCUCGGUUGUGGCUCACACAUUAUUUGAACAUAGGAAGGCAAUACAUUAACUGAAUCGCCGGUCAUGAACCCUUGAACAUACUACUACGGCGAGCUUCUCCCUCCCCAAUCCUGCUCAGUUCAGUAUUGCCCGCGUUGAUUUUUUGCAGACAUCUCUCUGCGUGUCUUCGCCCUGUCCCCUUUCUCGUCGCUAU